CGAGCAAUGUCGACGCUGCUGGAGCUAAAGAGCAGUGUGCUGAGGCAGGUGCAGAGGAGCCAGUCCCUGAGGAGCAGGAGGGAGCCUCCGCCUGCCGCAGCGAGCCCGCCGACACACCCACGUAAACCUGACAAGGUCGCCUUCGGGGUUGCCAAGGGAAAUGGGGAGUUCUUUGAGCGAAUGAAUAAAAUUGUCCAGAAGCAAGACAGCCUCUUGGCUUCUACUCAAGCCGAGGAGGAGAUUAGUGCAGGUCCACCACCACCAGAGUGUACAGAACAGCUGCUUGUUCCUGUGAAAACCAGUAGGAAUGAACUUGAUUUACUGUAUGAGGAGACGGUCUACACUGUGGUUAAUCGGGUCGGGGUGCCAUCACCUGAAUAUGUGACCAAUGAAGAGGACUUGUUCAGCUAUCUACAGAAGGUGUUUGAUAUGAGCCAAGAGGAGCAUGAAAUCAUUCUCCAGAGAGUGAGAGAGUCUAAGAGACCAGGCUUCUCUCUAAGGGUCUCUGUCAUGAAAGGCAAGAAUCUCAUGGCGAAAGAUGCAAAUGGUUACAGUGACCCCUAUUGCAUGCUGGGUAUUCUUGUGGGACAAAGCCCACGCGAGACUGAGGAGAGAAAAGAGCGGAAGUUCAGCUUCCGUAAAAGGAAGGAUAAGUUAGAGAAGCGUUCGAGCGUCAAGGAAGUGCUUGCUGCAAGGGACAUCCAAGUGACUGAAGUCAAGCCUGAGACUCUCAACCCUGUGUGGAACGAACAUUUUGUUUUUGAUAUUGAUGACGUCCAGAAUGAUCUUCUGCAUUUGGAUAUAUGGGAUCAUGACGAUGACGUUUCUGUGGCCGAAGCGUGCCGUAAGCUGAAUGAGAUCAGUGGGUUCAGAGGAAUGGGCAGGUACUUCAAGCAAAUUGCCAAAUCUGUGAGAGCCAAUGGAACGUCAGCGUCAGGGAGCGAAGAGAACGCCGAUGACUUUCUCGGUUGCCUGAACAUCCCAUUAAGUGAGAUCCCGGUUAUUGGCUAUGAUAAGUGGUUCAAGCUAGAGCCACGGUCUAGUGCAUCUAAAGUGCAGGGAGAAUGCCACCUCAUUUUAAGACUCUUCACCAACCAGAGGGACACUGCUUUGAGCAAAGUGGUCUCAAAUGUGAUCAUUCAUCAGAAGAUGUUAAGUCAGAUUCUGGAGUAUGAGCACAAGCAAGUUCAGAAAGAACCCUAUAACUGGAAUGGACAGGUGUGCCCAGCAGCAUGGACUGUACUCUCCCAUCAUGCUGUGCAGGCCGAUCUUACUCCACUUCAACAGGCAGUCAUUCGCUGGCACUGUUACAGUAGCCAUCAUCGCUCUCAGAGGAUGUGUUAUGCACUACUGCUCAGGCUUCUGAGGGCCGUGGAGGCCGAGUGGGAGGCUGGAGAUGUGAAUAAGGAGCUGGAGAACCUCCUCGCUGAGAGCUUUAAACUCUACUGUGAUUACUGCCUGUCUCUUAUGAAGAGCAUGAGGCACGUGUUUCCAUGCACCAACCCUGCUGCCAUCACGCGAUGUGAGAUAAUGCUGAGGACUGUCGGACAGAUGCAGCUGAUGGAAGCAUUUAAGGCAGUUUGUCCUAACCGCAGUGAGCUACACCUCGAAAUAGCAACUGUCAUAAAGAAAGGCACCGUGGAAUGGUACGAGGCCACAAUUUCACACUUUAAACCAGAUGAAGGGACUGUGGAAGAGCAGCUGAAGAGACUGGUUCUGGUGGUGGAUGCGGUGUGUGUUGAUGUACAGCGAGGGCAGAAUGUCUACAACAAGCUCUUUCACAACUCAGUGAAGGUGGACUUCUUCAGCAUCUCCUAUCGACAGUUAGAGAAGCUGGUGGCUGAUGACGUGAGCGUUGCGAUGGAGCGUGUUUGCGGGACUUUGGAACAGGAGAAUUAUCGGCUCUCCCAAACCAUGGGGGAAACCUUGUUCGAGGUCUUCAUAUCUCUUAAGACCCUCAAACGAUUCAGGGAGUUUCUGCCUCUCAAAGAUACUAAGAUGCUGGCACUAACAGGUUUUCACAACUGGUUCAAAUCCUCCAUUCAUAAAUGGCUGCAGAUUGUGCAUGAGAAAUCUAUUGACAGGAUUCGCAAGGCUGUGGAGAUGGACCAGUUCGAGCCAGUCCAGCAGCAUGCCAAACACAGUGUGUCGGCAGUGGAUGUCACCACAUGCUUCAGCGAGGUGCAAGAGUUCUGGACCCAGCUAGCUUGGCCUGACUCAGCAGGGGCAUUCAUAUUCAUCACUCGCUUGACUGAUAACUUGUGCAGUGAGGCGGUGUGCUAUGCAGAGCUCCUGAAGCGCAAAAUUGAGAGGAACCAGCUGGGUCAAGACCACCGGACCUUCACCAUGCAGCUCUCUGUGGCACUUAACAACACAGAACAUGUGCGAGCAUAUCUGUCCAGCUUGCCACGCGAGCUGGACUGGCGGGCUGUGGAGCAGGCUAUGGAGGAGUCAUGCGGUGCUGAAGGCAAGGAGCAAGUGAACAAGGCCCUAAAUGGGCAGCUAUAUAAUGCUGACCUGGAUCUGCAGAGGGAGGCUAAAAGGCUAAUCACACACCUCACUGAUAAGAUGCUUCCUGAGCUUAGGAGAUACAUUCAGCACAUUAGCCUCUCUCCAGACACCAUAAAUAAUGAUGAUGCCGUGUCUCCAUUGAUGAAAUUCCUAGAUUCCACUGUAGUCAUUCUCAGUGAUUCAUUGGUGAAGGAGAACCUGGCAAGGGUUCUCUGGAGUCUCUGGGAGCUACUGCUGAGGAUGAUUCUGGACUCAGUGGCAGAAAACAGAGGUGUUCAGGUCGAGUUCUACACACGGUUCCAAUAUACUAUAGAGACCUUGGUGCGGUUCUUCCAUGCCAGUGGAGAUGGGCUACUCUUGGAGGACCUCAAAUCUGGGGACUACAAGGUCCUGGAAGAAGAGCUGCGACUGAACAAGUGUACAUCCUUCGAGCUGAUCGAGCAGUACUUCCUAGAAAAGAUAUCACAGCAGAGAAUCUUGAAGCACAGUCGAUUUGGGCGCAUAAGUAUUAAAUGUUACUAUGAUGCUCCUGAACAAAGACUCACCGUGGAGAUACUGCAUGCGGCUGAUCUCAUUGCCCUGGAUGCUAAUGGUCUAAGUGAUCCAUUUGUCAUAGUAGAGCUCUGCCCUCACCACCUCUUCCCUAACUCCAGGAGUCAGCGCACACAAGUGAAGCUCAAAACUCUGCACCCAGUUUUUGAUGAGCUCUUCUAUUUUCAUGUAAGCCCUGACCAGUACAGACACAGGUGCGCUUGCCUCACCUUCACUGUGAUGGAUUAUGACUGGCUAUCAACCAAUGAUUUUGCUGGGGAAGCAGUGGCCCCCCUGAGUGACUUCUGUUGGCCAGGCCGACCCAAUGCCACUGCUGCAGGAAAAACUCUGCAGCCUUUAAUCCUACAUCUGUCUCGUCAGAAACCAAGUGAGAAACCAAUCAUGAAGAUGCUAGAGGCAAGGACAGGAGACAGAGAAGCUCAAGAGUUUGUGCGAAGGCUGAAGGAGAUCGAGAAGUCAAUGGAGGAAGAGUAAUUUUUCAUCAGUGGUUUACAAUAUUGCCAACAAUGUGCUUUUAUACCUGUUGUACUAUGUUUGCUAUUUAAAAAGAAACUCUUUUAAAUGUGUAUUUUUAACUGUCGUCCAAGAAUAUAUAAGUGAGCUAUAUGAAAACACGUUUAAAGAUCAGUAUUUUGUCGCUGUUCAGCACUUUGUGUUUUAAUGUAUUCAGCUCACCAAAGGAGCUUGUGAGAAUUAUUUUAAUUUAACAAUAGUAUAUUUUUGAGUAUAUUUAGAUGGUACGCUGUUAAAUUAGAUUUGAAAAGUUAUUUAAGGUAUAGUUUUCUGUGACUUGAAGUUUAAGAGAUAUUACAAUGUUUGGCUCAAAAUGGUUUAUGACUAACACUCAAACGACAUAAAAAGGUUAUUCACCGUAAUGUGUUUAUUGUACUUUUAAGAUCACACAGAGAGGAUCUCUGUUCUGAAUGAAAAACUCUUUGUGAGGAAAAUGCUUUCACAAAUCUGUCUCAAAACUGUGAACUGUGAACAUUUGUUCUGGACUCACACUGGACUAUGUUGACAAUUUUACUGUAGCAUUUUCGUGAGAUCUUGCCUUUCCUAAAGAAUGUUUAUUUAUGUUAAGUGGUUCUUCAAUGUACUAGUUUUAAUGUUAAGAUGGAUUUCUCAUUGUUUUGCAUUAAGAAGAGAGAAGCUUGUCAGCUGAGUUUACAAAAAGGGCUUCAAAUUUUACACAGUUCAAAGAGGUUUCCUUUUACUUUUUGAAUUUUGGAAAGACAGAUAUGUAGUUAGGGGUGACUAAGCUUAGCUGUGACUUAUUUCUGAUUUUAACAAUAGUCACUAUUAAUCCCCUAUUCACUAUUCCCACCUGGAAACGUUAAGCACAUUCACCAUUUGUUUGACUGAUUUUGUGCGGUAUUUUGAUAGGGAAAUGUUUUAUGCUAGAAUCAUAUUUCAAGGCACAUCUGGAAAUUUGUGUUCUACGUCCUUUUUUCAGAUCGCCAGGGCAUUUCCCUAUGGAACCGGUGAAUUAUUCUCAUUUGCUCCUUUCCAUGCAGAGUACAAAUAACAAAAUUGUCUCCUUGUGACCACUAUAAAAGGUCUCCACUAAGCUCCUUCUUCCCUAUUGUUUGUGUCAGUGUAUUGUAGCACAGGCACUGCAGAUACAGAUUCAUUUGCGCUGAAGGCUCCGUAUGAUGCUAAUGGUGAAUGUGGGUUGAAUCCAAUUGCUCCUGACCCCUAAUUAGAUGCCCAUAAAUGCAAGGUACAAAAUCCUAAAGGCAAUCCUACCCAAGCAGCAGAAGACAUCGCAUUGAAUUGUAGUAGAUGCUCAGAUUUUUCAUGCAGGUGAGAAGACAAAGUGGCUGGUCAAAACACCAUUCCCCGAAGCCUGAUAAAAGCACACUGUGCCAUCUACCACUGGUACGUGCAAGGUCUUUAGUACAGACACCCAGAGGCACCAAAUCAUUGUCUCUUUCUGUCAGAAAUAUGACCUGGAGGCCACAGGCUACCCUUAGUCAUCUUCUCUGCCGUCACUAAAAUUGAAAGUCUGUUUAUUGAUUCUAGUUAAUUGAGUUUAUUUAUUUCAGUGAUUUAUUUAAUGUCAAGCUUGACCAUUCAGAUUAAUAAACUCAUUGUAUGGCAGUGACCAAUUUGUUCAACUUAGUGACAUUCUCGAGAAGACAGUCGAGAAGUAGAUUUGCUACUACUGAAAAAUCGGGUCACAGCAGAUGGAUUGAGCUAUGCAGCAUACACUGUAGGUCACAUCUGUGGUAUCUGUGUCAGAACUAAACAUGACCACACUUCCAGGGCACUAUUCAUUGACAGUGCAGUGUAUUUUACAUCAACCACUAAAACUCCAAGCAAUGUCAAGGUUGGGCAAGCAAGCUCUGGAAGUGGACAGAUGCUCAUAUUCUGAAGAAAGACCUGCCUACCUAUUGGCCCAAGGCUGUCAGGGAGUGCACGCGCUACACAUCAUAAUUCCUUAGAUUUAUAUAGCGCUUUUCUAGGCACUCAAAACGCUUUAUAUAGUAUGGGGGAAAUCUCCUCAACCUCCUCAAUGUAGCAUCCACCUGGAUGAUGUGAUGGCAGCCGUAGUGCACCAGAACACACACCAGCUUUUACUGGAGAGGAGAGAGUGAUGUAGCCAAUUCAGAGAUGGAGAUUAUUAGGGGGCCAUGAUAGAGAAGGGCCAAUGGGGGAAUUUCACCAGGACACCAGGGGUAUACCACUACUCUUUACGAGGAGUGUCCUGGGAUUUUUAAUGACCACAGAAAGUCAGGUUUGACAUCUCAUCCAAAACACAGUGCUGUUUUUACAGUAUUUUGUCACUAUACUGGGGCAUUAGAACCCACACAGACCACAGGGUGAGCACCCCUUGCUAGCCUCACUAAUAGCACUUACAUAACCUAAGUUUUCCUCAGGAAGUCUCCCAUCAAGGUACUGACCAGACUCAGCCCUGUUUAGCUUCAGCAGGAAACCAGGCAAGAGCCGCGAGGUUAUAUGGCAGCUUUCAAUUUUGUAGCAGGUAGAUCAGCUAAUGUAGAACAUAAUGGUGCAGGGAAAAUACUUUGGGCCAGGAUGCUUUGGUGCAUGACUGAUCAAAUCUAGCAUGAUGCAAUGCAGGUCAAGGGCAUUGCUGAGGUUGCUCAGCAAUUAAGAUGUUAACCUUCUGAUCAGAAGGUCAUGAAUUCAAAUCCCAGCACUGCCAAACUGCCCUUAGCCCUCAACUGCUCAGGUGUAUAAAUAAGAUAAAUGAAAAGGUGCUCUGGACAAGUAAAUGUAAAUGAGUGUGACUUGAUGUUUGUCAAGCAGCAAUAUGAAUCUCCACUGAUUCAUUGUAAUUGUUGCAGCUCAUGUGCUCUGUAGUGAGUGAAUGAUUCUCAUGCUUAAAACAGUGUGACCAGUAGUGACUGAUAUUUUUGGACUCCACUCUGAGGAUGUCUUAUCCUCAAUGGAGAGCAGUAUCAGCAUUUUGAGCAAUUUUUAUUAUCAGUUAAGACUGUGUCAGAAAGUUAGUAAAGUGGAAGGUUAUAAACUUUGUUAUAUGACUGGGUGCAUCACAGAGAAUGGCCAGAGGUCGGACUUGACGUAGCAGGAGCCUUUUAUAAGCUACCUGAGUGGGGUGAUGGGGUGAUGGUUUUGCUAUUUGUACUCGCCAAGGAAACGAGCAAAUGGGAAUUCUUCAUUAAACAUUCUAGCCCUGAUGGUAUUCCACUCACUCACUGAACCAUGAAUUUAUUAUGUCCUUCUUGUUUGUUAUUUUAUUGUGAUACCAGUAGCACAAUAUUGACAAUGAAGCUAUUUUAGAUUUCCUUUCCAAGAUAUACCAUUACACUAUUAAAGCUAUCUCCCAAACCCUUCACUCCAAAUACCAAACCUCUUGUUUUGGAGGUUUUCUCUCUCAAUCCCUGUUUUCCCGCUACAUUCUCUUUUUCCCUGAGCAUGCUUUCCCGUCAGACACAAACAAGCCUGGAAGUCCACCACUGCUGUCAAUCAAGAGCAAAGAUAUGUUUUCACCACACGUGUCAGCACCACUGCUUAACAUUUUCGGUAGUACUUGAAACUUUUGGCACUUCACUGUGUCCCUUGUGAUUUGACUAAUGCUGUAUUAAUGUGUGCGCAUGUG